AUGGCACAAUCUACCAACCUGAGCAAUAUUCCUGCACCCCUCCUCUCCAGACCUUGGAAUGAGAAGAUUGUGCUGGUGCAGGUGUUGGUGGGAAUUUUCCUCUACGUGAACUGCCUCAUGAUAUGCACCUUCUUCAAAAAGGAGGCCUUUCGAACUGACACUCGCUACAUUUUGUUUGCACAGACAUUGAUCACAGACUCUGCCCUCAUGGUGGUUACAGAUGUGGCCUUUUGUGGGAAUUACUUCCAGAUCCCAGUACACUGUAUUCCCUGUGUGAUAAUGUGCACCAUCUUGACCUGGCUCACGUUCGGCACACCUCUGACCCUGGUGGCAAUGUGCCUGGAACGCUAUGUGGCCAUCUGCAUGCCUCUGAGACACGCCAGCAUCUCCACCACUAGAACCAGGCUGCUAGGCCUUGUCCUCAUCUGGUGUCUCGCGGGAAUACCGUCCUUAAUUGGUUUAAUUAUGUUUGCUGCCUCUGUUCCUCUCAAAGCUUUCAGCUCGUACUUCAUCUGUAGUGUGGAGAUGAUGGUCAUACACAAUUGGCAGGGACAUUUCAGAGGUGCAUUAUAUCAGUUUUACUUCUUUGUCAUGUUGGUUAUCAUAGGCUUCACCUAUGUUAAAAUCAUGGCAGCUGCCAGAGGAGCAUCAAGCAACAAGAAAUCUGCCUCCAAGGGUCUCAGGACUGUGGUUCUUCAUGCUUUUCAGUUGCUCCUCUGUUUGAUUCAACUGUGGAGCCCUUAUGUAGAGAUGGCUAUUAUGAAUAUUAAUUUUAUGCUGUUUAUUAAUGUGAGAUACUCCAAUUUCAUUGUCUUUAUGCUAGCACCACGUUGUCUGAGCCCACUGAUUUAUGGUUUACGGGAUGAAAAGUUUUUUGUGGUUCUGAGAUACUAUGCAGUUUUUGGUUUAAAUAAAAAAGAUUUCUAUUUGUGCAAAUUUUAUCCAUAUCAUCUUAAACAUGAAAAAACCUGGCCUCUGAAUGGGAAAUAA